GUAGAAAAGGACGAGUUCGGACGUGUUUUUGCGUACUGCGUAUGUCCUUUGUCUGAACCUUUUUUUUUGGACUUCCUCCUCUCUUAAGAGUUUUUGCUUAUAUCUUACAAACCCAUAAGAAACAAUGGUGUAUGGGCGACUAAUGCCCAACCAGCCAUAAAAGAAAGAAGAAGAAGAAUAUUUAUCAUUUGACUCCGUAAAAUAAUCAAACAUUGUGAUAAAACUUGACUCGCAUAUUAUAUAUUACCAUCAAUACGUUUACACCAGGAUGUUAUUUACAAAUUUUAGCCAAUUUUGUACAUAGAAGAUGUUUCGCUCACGUGCAUGGCAAAAAAUAUGUUUUUAUUAUUCGGUGGUGUUCGUAACCACAUAUUUUCUCGUUUUCGCUGACGACAUUAUUGCUGAGACAGGACAGCUAACUUUAUGCGGCCAACCAUCAAUAAAUAGGCGCAGUUUGGUAUUUGUCAGCACAUUAGAUGGGAAGAUAUCCGCACUUGAUGCUGGUAAUUAUGGGCAAAAGCAGUGGACUUUGGAUUUUAAUGAUGGACCAAUGUUAUCGUCCAGUAUACAUAAUAUAGAACUUAAUGAUAAUGGACAACUGGUACGUUUCAUCCCAUCUUUGAAUGGUGGCUUAUACAAAUUUGAUGGAAAGACUUUGGAAUCGAUGCCAAUAUCGGCUGAUCGAUUAUUAUAUUCGUCAUUUCAUUAUUCCGAUGAUUUAGACUUCUCAGGUGGUAAAAAUCUACAUACUUAUGGUGUAUCACCCAGCACAGGAAGAGUUUUAUAUGAAUGUAAAGUUAGGGAAUGUAAGAACAAUACAGACCCUGAAGGACAUAUUGAAUAUGAUGUACUUAUCAUUCGCCGUUUUCAACAAACUAUACGAGCUAUAGAAGCUCAUACAGGUAAUGAAAGAUGGAACUUCAGUGUUGGGCAACUUAAUCUAAAGUUACACCGUCAUAUAAAUGAUUGCCUUAAUAUAGUGCCAGAUAUAGAAAUCAAAGCGGUUAUUUCAAAAGGUUUGGUUUGGGCUAUUAAUAAGAAUAAUCCUACUGUUAUAUUAUGGCAAUAUCAGUUUGAUGUUCCAAUUGUUUCAAUAUGGCAUGAAGACACGUCCAAAACUUUUAUAAAUCAAGAAAAUUUAGGAAACAAGAAACAAAUUAAUUAUUUGAAACAAAUUAAUUUAUUUAAUGAUUCUCAAUGGAUCUGGAGAUCUGCAUAUCCUACAAGUUCAAGUUUAUAUUUAGGCAUGCAUGAAAGACAAUUAUAUGUGCAAGAAAAUCCCAAUCUUGAAAAUUCAUUGGAUUUGUCUCCCAAGAAUGUUAUAAAUAAGAAAUAUUUCUGGCAACCGCAUCCAGCAGAUGUUACAUCCCUUGCGAGUAAUUUUCUGAAUGAAAAUAACAAUAAUGAAGUUUCUGUUGAGAUAAAUGAAGUAUACAGGACAACUGCAUUGUCUGUAUUAUAUAAUUCAGAAUAUAUUAAUGGUAAUGGAUUUUUUCUGUAUUCAACAGAACAGUUAAUUGACAAUGAACAAUGUAAUAUUAAAAAUAAUAUUACAAAGAAUAAUAUUAGCACUAACAUGAAAGAACACAUAAUCGAAGAGGAAACCAAUACACCUGUUCAAAUUAUUAUAGUAUCGCUUUGGUAUUGGUGGAAAGAAGUUUUAAUAAUAUCAAUUACAACUGCCAUUUUGUUGAAUUUUAUGCUAACACAACAUUUCUUAAGUGCAACGACAGUUGCUACUAAGGAUGCUAUACUUCCACCUUUAAUAGUAGAAAGACAUGUAGAAACCAAAAGAAAUGAUUCAUCUAACGAUGGCGACGAGAAUGUGAGUAAUUUUAAAUCGCGUUAUUUAACGGAUUUUGAGCCAAUUGAUUGCUUGGGAAUGGGAGGCUACGGUGUUGUCUUUGAGGCCAAAAAUAAAAUUGAUGAUUGCAAUUAUGCUAUCAAGAGAAUUGCUUUGCCAAAUAGCCGAGAUUCAAGAGAGCGCGUAAUGAGGGAAGUAAAAGCAUUAGCUAAAUUAGAUCAUCACAAUAUUGUAAGAUACUUUAAUGCUUGGCUGGAGUGCCCUCCUAGUGGAUGGCAAGAGGGACAUGAUCAACAAUGGAUUAAUAAGCUAAAAUUUUCGUCGUCUGCAUUCCCUUCAGAAGUAACUCAGACUGAAACAAAACCUAAUGAUUCUGUAUGCAUCGAUAUUUCUCAAACCGAUCCUUCUGUAGAUAGUGCCCACGAAGCUUUUGAAUUAAAUAAUGUAGAUGUGGACGACGAUUCACUUGUUGUAUUUGAAAAGUCAGAUGAGAAGCAUCAUGACAACGAUGCAUUUUGUACUAAUGGUUGUAGUACUGAUAGUUCGGACAUAUCUUUUUCAAAUAAUGAACUUGAAAAGGAAUUACCAAAUAUUAAUUAUACCGAUCAUUCCGAAAGUAUUGUGUUUGAAGAGACUGAUAAUAAUAUUAUGGUAGAAAAGAAAAAACACAAACGUCAAAAGUCUUUUUCUUUAAAUUUAUAUAAUAAAUCGAAUAAUCACAAAUCGGCAAAAAUGUUCUUAUAUAUACAAAUGCAACUGUGUCAAAGACUCAGUCUCAGGGAAUGGCUAAAGCAGCACACAUCAACAAGAGAUUCCAUUCGAGUAUUAAAUAUUUUUCAGCAAAUAAUAGAUGCUGUAGAAUAUGUGCAUUUGCAAGGGUUAAUUCAUCGAGAUUUAAAGCCAUCAAAUAUAUUUUUUGCUUAUGAUGAUAAAAUAAAGAUCGGCGAUUUUGGCCUUGUAACGGCAAUGACUGAGAGCUGUGAUGGCGCUCAUACACCUUCAGCCGAAAAUGAGAAUGUCACUUUAAAAAAUAAUAUACAUACUGCAUGUGUUGGCACACACUUGUAUAUGUCACCAGAACAAAUUAAUGGCCAAAUGUACAACUACAAAGUAGAUAUUUAUUCUUUAGGAAUAAUUUUCUUUGAGCUUCUUAUACCAUUUUUUACUGAUAUGGAAAGAAUAGCUGCGCUUUCAAAUUUGAAAAAAUCUAUUUUUCCAAAGGACUUUGCAGAGAAUUAUUCUGCUGAGUACAAUUUGCUCCACAUGAUGUUGGAUGAAGAUCCUGCUAAGCGACCUACAACUUUAGGUAUUAAAGCAAGGCCACCUUUGCAAAAUUAUAAAACAGCCGGAUUUAAUAUAGAUAUAGAUUCAAAGUGUCAUUUUGAAUUGCCACAAUUGAUUAGAAACUCCUCUAUGAGCAACAGUAAUAGUAACAGCGAAUCAUCAGAGAAUACAAUUUAAGAAAGAAAUGCAAGUUACAAAUAUUUUUGACAUUCUUAUUACUGAUAAGUAAAAGGUUAUUUAUUAUUA